UUAACCAGCAGGGGGAGCAAAUGUUCCUUAAAUGUCAGCGAUGCCUCGCGUGGAUGCAGCCGCCUGUUGGUGCUGUUUUUCGGGCAUGUGGCUGACAUUCUGAGGCUAGAGCUACCUCCCUCUCUGACCAUGGCUCGUCGAUGAAAAAAAGAAAGCAAAGAAAACGGAGCUGUGGAUGCGCCACCAGAGUGAAGAAACGUACGGGUUUAAUUAGGGCAUGCUGAAGCUGCUCAACAUGGAAAGCCGCCGCCUUCACGGACUAAUUGGAGUACAAACCAAUGUGUGCGCUUGUUGAGUUUGUUAAAGCCAAAAAGAUUCGGCGAGCUACUUUGCUUCUUUUUUUAGCCGCUGAUACUCUCAUCUGCAAUGAUGCGGGCUGUGGAAGGGAACGGGAGUUGGACCGCCACGCGUAUACUCUUCCUAAUAGGAUUGGUCGUUACACAGGGCUCCAGCAAUACGUCGGAGGAAGAAGUCACUCUGAAAGUCCACCUGAGUGAUGCCAGCACUCAGCAGCCUCUGACUGGCGUAUCUGUACAGCUCUUUGCCAACCACACUUUGGUAACCACGGAAACGUCACUGGUUGACGGCAACACUUACCUGCGCUUCGCAUACCGCCUGGGGACCCCGCUAGUCAUCAUUGCAACCAAAUACGGAUACGUGCCAAACUCUGUGCCGUGGACACCAUCCCGGCUACCUGUGUUUUCCUCCAUUAGCCUUAAUCUUCUGCCUGAGAGAGCCGCUACUCUGACGGUCUUUGAAGAUUUUGUGGAGAUCGUGUCAGAUUUCCAAGGUUUUAAGCACCAGCCUAGUAUUCGUUUCCCACGCCGCGCCUUGACUCUUCCUGUCAACACUUCCUAUGCCAAUGUGAGCGCACUUCUCACAGUGGCGGAUUCCUCCUCGCACAUCCAGCACUUUCCCUCCCUGCAGGUCUCUGUCAGCAAUGGCACAGGAGCUGAGAGGCCUCUGGAGCUGACUCCUGUGGUGGCUGUUUCAGUACAUCUAUUUGCCAGCGACGGACUGGAGCUGCAAGUGAAUGAACCAAUCACAGUCUCUGUCCCCUUGCCCGUAGACAGUGACCUGAAGGAAAAUGAUCACGUCCCCGCUUGGAGAUUUGACCCACGUUUGGGUUCCUGGAUAAAGAGCAGCUUGGGCCAAGUGCAAAGUGUGGAAAACCAACUCGUCCUCACUUAUAUUGCCCCACAGCUAGGAUACUGGGUGGCAGCCAUGUCGCCGCUUAAGUCAGGUCUGCUGAUUGGGAAAGACAUCAGCAUGUACCACACUAUGUUUCUUUUAGCCAUUCUUGGAGGCAUGGCGCUCAUUCUUCUGUGUUUGCUCUGUGUCCUCCUGUACUACUGCAGGCGUCGUUGUUUGAAGCCCCGGAACUCUCACCGCAAGCUUACGCUGUCCUCCGGUCUGGAUACCAGCAAAAGGGAUCAAGCCACCUCUAUGUCCCACCUCAACCUCAUCAACAAUGAGGUGCAGUUGGAGCUUGUCUCCACAGCGACAGAGGCUGACAUGACCACGCCGAUGUUGAAGCAGCCUUCUUACGAGCAUCCAGACGAUUCCCUCGCACAUAGCCCGAUGCAGCACAACAAACAUAGCCGCUCUUCUCUGGGCAACAGCCAGCACGGCUCAUCUCUCGGCAAUUUGACGCCUCGCGGCAGAGACUGCCACCAAUCAGCGGAGACCAUGCAGCUGAAGUCGGCAAUGUCGUGCGGAACCGAACGAGGCUACCGUCAGUCGUACGUCUCUGUCUGCUCAUCGGGCAACCACGUAUCUGACAGGCUAUCGCCAGCCAAGCACGGUCAGUUGUCAGACCAUCAACUGAGCGGUGUCGUCCUCUCCCCCUCCUCACCGCCACAUUCGCCCUCUCGAGGGGAAGGAGGCGAGUGUAGAGCCACUGAUUACCUUCUUUCCCGCUCCGUCGACCACCUGGAGCGGCCGCCUUCGCUAUCCCGGCCGGGCCAGUUGCUGUGUUGCGCCUCUGUGGACUUACUGAGCGGCGGCGAAACCUACCCUAGGGUGCGACCCACUCUGGUCAUCCCCGCUCACUACAUGCGCUUGCCGGGGGAGCACCCCCUUUCAGGUCAGGCGCUCCUACUGCAGACGGACCAGCAGAGUGAAUUGGAGACCAUCCAGGCCGAGCUCAAUGCUUCUCAGCCUUCUGGACAAACGCCCCAAGACUGCGUCCCUGGCCCUGCCGAACAUGAUGACGGAGAGAAGCUGGCAUCCAUUCCUUCAGCACUGGGAGAAACGAGUCUAGUGGAAAUCAACAGCGAAGACACGCUUCUAGCUGAAAAGACUUUAAUGGAGCUCAGAGGAGGCAAGCCCCUGCUUCACCCGCGAGCCUGGUUCGUCUCACUGGACGGCCGCUCCAACGCUCACAUUCGACACUCCUACAUCGACCUACAGCGGGCCGGUUGCCACGGCAAUUCCACGAGCACGGGAGGUCCGUCGAGCGGCGGGCGCAGGCACGGAAGCGGCAACGACGCCAGCUUGGAUUCGGGUGUGGACCUGAACGAGCCCCGAGUGGGUCGCAGGGGACGGGAUGAGGAGCGAGAAAUGGAGAAGGUUUCCAAGAGCACAAUGCCAAACACCGCCUUCACUCAGUUAGUCUACGUGGACGAUCUAGACGGGGCGGAAAACGAGGACACCCUCAAGUACGACUCCAGGGGUUCCAAAGGAGAAGCGGAGAUUGUCCAAAUCCAUGCAGAGCCCCCCUCCCUGACUUCCUUGUCGCCCGCUUCUCCUCCCCCUCUGACACCGCCUGACGGUGUGACUCUCAGGAACAAUCGCACGCUGCUGUCCGCCUCCCCCGAGGAUAAUAUGCCCCAAGAUGAUGGGGAGGAGGAGAAAAAGAGCCCCUGGCAGAGACGGGAAGAGCGCCCCCUGCUAGCCUUUAACAUGAAAUAAAUCCUCAGGUGAUCACAUGAGACUCAUGUGCCUGUUCAACCUUUAUAUAGCACUGAAGUGGACUGACCUACUCACAACAAGCUUGGCAUAUUGGUCUUUGAGAUAUAAUUCAUUCGGAUUUAUCUAAACUUUUCAAAGUCUGACUGGUCAAUAUUUCAGUACUUUUUUCUGCCCCCGGUUUUGUUAUUAAACAGUGAGUUCAACAUGCAUGCAUGGUUGAAUACAAUCCUGACUCGAUCCAGUUUGAUCUUUAAAUACCGGAAUUUAUUCUGAAAGGCCCGGAGCGCUACCUUUUUGUGAGUGGCGUACUAUAGCACUGGGAUCUAUCAAAAGAAGGGACCACUCAGAACUUUUAUAAACUUUUGUGUCCAUUUAUCUAAAAUAAAACACCUCUUUGCAACUAUGUCAACACACCAGGAUGUACACAUUCCCUGAAGGAUUCUGGAGACUUUUUUGUUUUUGUAAUGCAAAACAAAAUAUGCCUUUUUUGGAUUAGUAAUAGUCAAUGGAUGGGUGAUUGUUACAUAUGAAAGAUUACAGGAAGUUCUAUAGGCAUCGGACAUCUAACAGUGAACGCACCACCAAAACUUAUCCUGUGUGUUUCCAGUGCUUUUGGCUGCACAGCUAGUCACUUGAUCCUUUGACCAGAUUAUCGGGUCAAUAGGGUGUUUUUACGUUGGCAUGGAAAUAAAUUUACAACAGAAGCAGACCUAAAAUGGUAGAUGUGCUUUGAUAGAUAUUACUGUACUUAAGCUUUACAGAAGUUGUAAUUCAGGUAAGAUUGUUGUAUGAUGUUGAUUGUUGUAUGAUGUGAGCUGCUAACAUUAUUACCCAGUAUCAUACUUACAUAUUAUGUCUUACUGCUUUAUGCCAUAACUACAAUGAUCUCUACUGGAUGAUAACAUUCACGGUUAGCGUCAUACAACAAUCGCUACUGAAUGACUACUUCCGAAAAGCCUAUGAAAGGUGGCAAGGCAACAUCUAGCCAAGUGUAUCCACCAUUUUAAGUCCGCGUCUCUUAUGAAUCCACUUCCGUUUUAAGUCUCCGACUUCCGUUGUCAUUUUGCAUUCAUGUUUUCGCUUUUUGCAUUCAUGUCGUGGCUAAUGGGAUUUGCGUUUUUGUCUUUUGCAAAGUGUUUGAAAUUUGCAAAUUGCCUGAAACUUCCUCCCGAUCGUAUGUUUUACAUGAACUGCACAAAACCAUUAUCUGCACUGUCGUGUAAUCAGACCACUCAGCUAAGGAUGUAAUACCACUACUACUUAGGCCACCUGUAUACGGUCUAAUACUAUGAAGGGUUUUUGUACAAGUUAAAUCACUGACUGGCAUAAUGUUGUUUUUAAAGGCUAUGCAUCACUUUUAUAUGAUUAUGAACACCUGCUCGAGAUGCCUUUUUUUUUUUUUUAACACAAUUAUUUUGAUUGUCAACUUUAAGUAUUUCAACUUGAGGGUUCCUCCUCUCCAAAUAUGUUAAGGGCUUUUUUCCCCUAUGCGCCUUAUUCUUUAUUUUUUAGCGUAUGUGCUUUUAUUUGAACUGAAACCAAAUUGUUUCCCUUUGCAGUAUUUUCCCUUGUUCCCAAUGUUCCAAGUGCCUUUUUUUAUGAUGCAGAAUUCCAGAACAGUUGGCUUUGUUUACUUCUCACCUUGGUUUGCCCUUGUCUUGCCUUUUCUCCUCUACCUCAGCCGUUAUUGUUCCCGCUGGUUAUCGAAAAUAUGCAGUAAACAGCUCGCAAUACUCUCCAAUCCUGUCAAGAGGGCGCUCAGUUGGUUUGCAUCAUAGCAGGGAAUUGAUAAAGCAAAGUGAGUGGAGGCUAAGUUAAUAGGAUCCUUUGUUUGUUAGAAUGAACAUUUGUUUCAUAAUGUGUUUUUCAGCGUGAUGCAUGUUUUGUUUUUUAAAAAAAAAUUUAAUAAUGUAACGGGUCUAUAUGAGAGUGCUGGGAAAUAAUCAGAUCCACUCUGGAUACACAGUCAUAACAAUCAUAUUAGAUUUUUGUUUUCUUUCCUUUAGCAGGUUGAAAUGAUGCAAGUCUGUGUUCUGAGCAACCAUGCGCAUUUGAGCAGUUUUCAGUACAUAUACAUCUGUCGUUUGUGUUAUAUAUUUGAAAUUAUUAUAAAUAAAACAGACUGAAACAAAAAGUGUGCUUUGUGAUAGAGCCAGUUGUAGAUUUGUUGGUUUUCAUUGAAAGACAGGAUCUAAUGGCCUCAAUUUUAUGAGUUGUGCAUUGUGUUGUACAAAUGAUACUUUUCCCCCCCCAUUUCUGUCAAGGUUUUGGGGUAAUGGGGGACCCUAGCAUAGAGACAGGAGGUAAACUGGCAGUGGUAAGGAGUUUAUUGACUGAUUGAUGGAAUAGCAGAUAGUGUCUGAAGAUUGUGGAGGGAGGUUUGGUGGUCGAGCUGGUGAAUGGCCAGGCGGGUGUGCUGUACUCUACUACAUUAUACUAUAAUAUAUCUAUACUCUAGCAGGCAAGCAGCACAAAAUUAGCUCAAUAAAAGGUUUACAAGAUUCUUAGCUAAAAAUUGGAGUCCCAAACUCAUGAAGUUAAGUUGUUGAUCUGGCAAUGAGGUGAGGCGAAGAACCGGUUUAAGUAAGCUGUUGACGAUGACCUGCACCAGGUCCCAGGCUCACCAAUCUGUCCAAUCGUGCAAUCGAGGCAGUGUCACAAGGAGGAGCGGGGCUCGGGGGGUUGAUGCCCUAAUAACUUAAUAGCACUUUAUUGGAUUCAUUUACGUUAUCCUUGCUGUAGAAAGAUGUGUAAUUUACAGUCAAUCAUUUGGGAUAACGGGGUGCGUGUCUUCAUUCUUGUGAAAAAAAAAUCAACAAAUCAGCCAAAGGAGUCCUGUCUUUAUAAUGUAUUGCAUGAGCGAGAUGGAUUGGAGGUGGGGGGUAGGAAAACGGAAACUCAAUUUACCACGUCAGGGUGCACGCCAUACUAUGCAUACCUGGGUUGUUGUGGUGCUGGAGUCUCCUCCAAAAAUUAAUGGCAGAUGGCUGAGUACUCCACCAGGAUACAGUGCUUGUUUUGUGCUAUGGGAGGAAAUGGGAAUACCCAGACAAAUCAGAUAUUGAAGUUCCUUUUAAAAAAAUAAAUAAAUCAACAAUAGUUUGUUUGUGAGGGGAAAUGUUGAGUGGGAAAAACUAGCUGCUGCUUUCACCACAUAAACUAGUGAAAUCAUUUUAAGGUAAACCUGAAAGUGACCCUUUCUACAGACUAUAAAACCUUCACAUCCUGACACCUGUCAAAUGGUAUUGGCAACUGUUAAAUAUGACAUUAUGUAUCCAUUGUGUCAUAAACAGCCAAUAGCCAUAAAUCAGAACUCUUCAAUGUGUUACUGUGCAUGGUUUACCUGCACACAACGGCGUAGGUUUGCAUAAGGACGGUAGGGACGUAACCAACUUUUCAGGAUGCUCAAAUUGUCCCCACCAACUUUUAAGCAACCUUAUUUUCAUUAUAUAAUGACUUCAGUUAUAUAUGUAAUUUCGAUUGUCUCCCCAUAUGUUGUAACGAUAUAAUUGAUAUUAUGUGAAUUAUUUUCAUUAUAUUCAGACUUAGAUUUACCCCUUUUCACUGCUGAGUGUGCCAGUCCAUUUUUCCCCCUCAAAUGCACGCUUGAUUAGCUGAUGACUUGCAACCCUGUCCCCCCACACAGGCAUGCACACACACUCACAGCCCCAGCUCCAUGCCGCCUCCUCCACCCCCUUCGAAGAGGAGGGAUAUUAGAAGUUUUUUUGUUUUUUUUUCGACCAGCUUCAGACACUUAUUUAAUGUAAAAAUAAGUCAACGUUGUGGAGGUGGUUAACACACCACUAAUUUCGCUAAUGAAAGUCCGACCUGUAUCAGCGUUUGCAUAACAUUAAACUGUGUGAAUUUGCUAACCUGCAAAACUUGAGUAGGCAGCUGCUUGGAAAGAAGUGUCCUCCUCUAUGCAUUUUCUACUGUUAAUGUUAAAUAAACUGUGAGAAAUGUAGUGAACCGAGGUUUAUCCCUUUCUCCCCAAUUUUCAUUUUUAGUAUAUUUAUGUGGCUUUACAGCAGCCCAAAGGAGCUUCCAUUUUUUUGUUGAGUUUGGCUGCACUUGUGGAAAAAAGCAGUAGUGUCUUACCUGAAGGAAGGCUGAAUUUUUAUUUAUUUUUGUUUAUCCCUGACUAAGAGGUUUUUUGUGUUAUUUCUGGUCUUAAGACAAAUGUUUAUUUUUUUGCGUUCCUGGAUAGUUAAGAGAUUAUUAACAAGUUUGUAUUUAUUGUGUAUUUUAUUAUAAUUUGAGAUAUGU